CGGAAGGAGGCAGCAGUCGCCAAACAAGAGGCGCCAAGGAGCAGAGGAAGAAAUACCUGUACAUGCAACAGAAACACAUCAGGGAGUACGACAUGUCCGAGGACUGUCUCACCCUCAACGUCUACAUGCCGAUCCUAGAAGGUCCACAGAAAACGGGAUUCGAAAUGGGAGGGGAGACUGAAGAAUCUGCGGAAUACCCGGUGAUUGUCUACAUCCACGGAGGCUCGUUUUACGCUAACGGAGGACGACUUUACCCAGGAGAAAAGCUGGCCACGAAGGGCAUCGUUGUGGUCACAAUCAAUUACCGUCUGGGUCCUUUUGGUUUCCUGUCAACCGGGGACAAAUGGGCCCGAGGUAACUGGGGACUCUUAGACCAAAGGUUGGCCGUGCAGUGGGUGCAGCGGCACGCCCACGCCUUCAGAGGCCGCAAAGAUAAAAUCCUGCUGGUGGGAAACUCGGCAGGAGGGGCCUCGGUCAUUCUUCAUCUCAUUUCUCCUCUUUCUAGAGGUUUAUUCUCGAGGGCAGCUGCGCUGUCUGGCUGCGCCAUGGCCCCUUGGGCACUGCAAGCUAGACCCAAGCGCUUCGCCAAGAAGUUAGCACAAGACGUCGGAUGCCCAAAGGCGCCCAUACCCGAUCUACUUGCUUGUCUCAGGCGGACGGAUGCCAUGACAAUCAAUGAGGCCUACGCGGAGAAGAACAUCCAGGACGGCCUAGACCUGGCCUUCGCACCCGUGGUGGAAGGAGACGUGUCCGGAGCGUUCCUGCCGAGGAGUCCCAAGGCCCUCGUUGAGGAGGGCGACAUCGCUCGCAUUCCUCUCAUCAUGACCCUCACCAGAGACGAGGUGUCCAUGUGGCUCAGGCACAUAGAACAGGACAACAUCAGUCUGUUGGAGGCUGAGAAGUGGAUCGAUUAUCUAAUGCGUCAGAAGUACCCCGACCUGGAGCCCCUCCCUCUGGCUGCUGUCUUGCAUGCCGUCAGAGCGUCUUAUCUCUAUCGGUAUGGGUACGAGGCGAAGGAUGACCCCCAGCCCAUGGUACCCAUCAAAACGAUAUCUGAACUUAUGUCAGAUCUGGGACUCCGGGUUCCUUGUAUUGAAGAAGCUGGACUUCUGAGCAAAUGGACUAAUCUCUAUUUUGGUGAAUUCUCAUAUUCGUCUUCCGAUGACAUUCGAAUAGGAGAGCAGAAAUGGAUCGGAUCUUAUCACGAGAGCGACUUGCAGUUCGUCUUUGGCCAACCGUACCUGGGUCUCGAGAACACCUUACGGAUGCCUGAAGACAGAGCCGUGGCAGAUAUCCUUAUGGAUUUGUUACUUGCAUUUGCACACACUGGAGUUCCUGAACUGAAUGAAGUGGAGUGGCCAGAGUACAACCAGAGCCACCUGGUUCACCUGGAAAUGAGCGAGAGGUUAUCCUUGAACCACAAUCUCGUCCAGCACAGGUUAUGCUUUUGGCAGCAGUUCAUUCCACUCAUGACGAACUGGCCAAUGAAACCGUUGGAUGUGAACUUUGCCAGUCCCCAAGUGUCGCCCUCGCUCAGUGUCACCUUGGCAGCGCCCACCGCCCUUGUCCUGGUGGCUGCGCUCAAUGAGUUUUCCUGGCGGCAGUCUUAGAAAAACCGAACACUGCCUACCGCCGACCAGCUUCCCAAUUCGAUACAAGCAAAUUAUUUCAAAUACACGGCAACCUCAUAUUGACGCACAAUAAUCCGCAAACAACAAUCAUCUCAUACAGGUUCAACACAGUCUACGAUGAUUCAUAUCGACCGUCAAAGCGAAAAGAAAAGAAGCGUCAGUGACCUACUAAUGAUUCAGCCGUUGUAAGCUACCUGAUUCACUGUCAUCAACAUUUACUGAUUCCUUUCAGUAUAUCCACCUUUUCUGCGUUCCCGUUUUCAUAUCAUCAUUCUGUUCCUAUGGUUUAUUCCUCUCUCUCUCUCUCUCUCUCUCUCUCUCUCUCUCUCUCUCUCUCUCUCUCUCUCUCUCUC